AGUGGGCGAUGGCGGUGGCGCUGCAUUGCCCGAUCAGUGACAGUGCAAAGUUGUAAACCGCGGUAUCAGACUUGCUGUGGCGGAAAGUCUUUGCCAGCUCAAUUGUUUGCAGUGUUGAUUCGCUUACAGUUACACGGAGGAAACAUAAUCAAGCGUGUCGUCAGAGGAGUGUGGAUGGGGAUCUUGAUGGCAAUAGAAGAGCCGCUUUCGUCUGCCAUGGUGCUUGAACAUAAGUGAAAAGACAAUAACUUGUGUUACUGCGAGAUUACUGCUGUCAAACCGAUAGCAGACACCUUUUGAGAUUAGAGAGAUCAUGGGGGCAUGAUGCUGAAUGAGUGACCUGCAUAAAAUGUGUUCCCUGAACAUAUGUUGACAAAUGAUGCUCCACAAUACCCUUCAAGGUGCAUUUGUCACUUGAUUGAAACAUAAGUGGAUCCUGUGUGACACCUAGUUAGUUUUCUAUUGUCAUAUAAUGCUGUUGUAAUUUGUGUGGUGCAAGUACUGGUUCUGCAAAACAUGGCUUCCAAGAUGUCUUCAAGUUCAUCAAGUAAUGGUGGUGCUAGUGCACAUGGAGCAAUUCCAAAAGAUGCACAAACAGCUGCAACAGCCAAUGACUCUGGGCAGACAUAUGAGCCUCCAGAUAUUGAUCCUGUAACAUUGAAGAGAAACCCUAAAAUGGAACUUAGCAAAGGUGAUUUGCUCAAGCUGCUCAGCUGUCUGGAAGGGGAACUGCAGGCUCGUGAUAUCGUUAUUGCAACUUUGAAGAAUGAGAAGGUGAAGCACAUGCUGUGUCAGGCGCGCUACGGCAAGCUGAGCCUGACCGACCCGGCCAUGGCGCUGCAGCGGGACAGCACCAACGUCAAACACCAGAUGGUGGACGAGGCGCUCAUCCGCUCCAUGGCCGACAACCAGAUGGCGUCGCUAGAGAACCUGAUCCUGGCGCAGCGCACCGCCCAGCUGAAGAUGGCCCAGUACCUGCGCGACGCCGAGGCCCGCCACGCCAAGGCGGUGCAGGAACUGGAGGAGGAGAAGGCCAAGCACGCGCACGACACGGCCCAGGGCGACGACGUGACCUACGCGCUGGAGAAGGAGCGUACGCGGCUGAAGCAGGAGCUGGAGACGGAGCGGCAGGCCAAGAAGAAGGUGGAGAAGGAGCUGAAAAAGUCGACCGAGGCGCUGGAGGAGGAGCGCAACCGGCAGAAGCACAUGGUGCUGCUGCUGCUGGCCGAGCGCAAGAAGAUCAUCACCAAGUACAUCGAGGAGCGGAAGCGGUCCGAAGACCUGACCCAGAUCCUCUCGGAGGAGAAGGGCCGGGCCGAGAACAUGGCCGAGGGUCUGGAGGAGGAGUCGAAGAAGUCGCUCCAGAUGGAGGCCGAGCUGGAGCGACACGUGUCCGACUUCACGAACGAGCGGCAGCAGCUCAGGACUGCCCUCUCGCGGGAGGAGAAACGGUACCAGGAGCUGCUGGGCGAGCACGAAAGGCUGCAGCGCGAAUGUGACCGGCUCAAGAACCAGCUGUCCGAGGCCCACCAGGUGGCCAUGUUCCAGGCCAACUCGAUGGCGGCCGGCGGCGGCGGCGGCAGCGGC